CGAAACCCAACCAUCACAAAUUCACACCACACGGAAACAAAAUCCCCAAAAUCAUCCAAACUCUUCCUACCAAUCUCCCGAAACCCUAAAACCCCCAAUUGCGAUCCCUACCCACAUCCCCUAUUCGAUCGAUUUUGCGCCUUCAAAAUCCUUCUUUUGUCGUCCCAGGUUCCUAAUUUUCUUCGAAACCCUAGGAUUCCUCUCCAAUUUGGGGUUGGAGAAGCUUGAAGUCGCCAUGGUUUUCUACUUCAAGGCCCGUCCCGAGGCGGGGGAUUACACCAUCUUCAUGGGGCUGGACAAGUAUGAGAACGAGGAGCUCAUCAAGUACGGGUUCCCCGAAGACAUUUGGUUUCAUGUGGAUAAGAUGUCCUCUGCGCAUGUCUAUGUGAGAUUAAACAAAGGUCAGACUAUUGAUGACAUAGGUGAAGGUUUGCUGGAAGAUUGUGUGCAGCUCGUCAAAGCCAAUUCUAUUCAGGGCAAUAAGGUGAACAAUGUGGAUGUUGUUUAUACUCCAUGGUAUAAUUUGAAGAAGACGCCUUCAAUGGAUGUUGGUCAAGUCGGUUUUCACAACUCUAAAAUGGUUCGCACGGUGAAGGUAGAAAAACGGAUUAAUGAGAUAGUUAACAGGUUGAACAAGACAAAGGUGGAGCGCAAGCCAGACUUGAAAGCUGAGCGCGAAGCUAUAAAUGCAGCUGAAAGAGCAGAAAGGAAGCUUCAAUUGAGAGAUAAAAAACGUCGGGAAGAGAUGGAGAGGCUCGAGAAAGAGAAACAGGCAGAGAUUAGAAGCUACAAGGGCCUGAUGGUUGCAGAAAAGAUGACAUCUAACAAAGAAAUCGCAUCUGCGAGUAAGUCCCUACAGGAACUGGAAGAGGACUUCAUGUAAGCGCAUCGCCGAAGUUUCACACUUCAAACAUCGGAGGCUCCAUCAGAUGGCUGCAGUUAAGGUGAAUACCUUCAAUCUUCGGUGUUCCAAGUAAUGGAAUUCCCAAGUGAAUGCCGCUCUGCGAUGAUUCUGUUGUUGCGCCUGCUUUAGACCUGCAAUAAAUUAUGUGCGGUUGAUACAUGUUUUACUCGCUAUGAGACAUAUAAUCCAUUUGUUUGGAUUGUUGUUUCUAUUUCUUGCUGGUUUUAUCAAAUUUGACCUCGCGAGCAAAUGGAAGCUUUAACUCAAACGAUUCAGGACCUAAGGUAAAUAUCCGAUUAAGUGCUACUCAUUAUCCAAUAUUUAUACAUCUCUAAUGCUGAUUGUUAUACAUGAUUUGUAUAUUGAUGUUGUGAUGAUUUGUAUAUUUAUACUUUGCUAGCAAGUUGGUUCCCAUCCUA